AUUACUAUAAGCCAGAUCUUCUUUAUUUUCAUGUGGACCUGUCUGUGCCGCCUAGGCGAUUUUAAUCGAAAACGGUAGUGUCUCCUACGAAUGUUGCUAUCACCAGCGUUUAAAAUAAUUUUUUUAUAGAACUGAUUACGUACUCACGCAAGUAGUACUAUUGUUUCGUUCACGUGGCUUGGAACCUAUCAAAAGGUUGUUUUACUCCAAGAUAAACAAGACGGAAAACGCUUCGAUAAUACACUGUAAUCCAGUGUAGAGACGCCAUUUUGAGGUGAAGUGAUGGUGGUGUGAUGCAUUUUUCAUGACUUGGCAGCAAUAGGUCGUUGGAAACUUUCCGUUUAACGGGUGGCUAUCCAAACUGAGGACAAUGCAUCAAAUUUUACGAUUCAAUGAUAAGCUGUAGUGCCAUCGAUUCUUAUGCAAAUCUACGGGUUGCUUUGCACGGUCCGCUCUCCUUGAACAGAGGCGAUUGUUCGUGAGACGGGACCAUCAAGAAGAUUAAAUUUCCUACAUUGCUGGUGCAAAUGUAGCUCAAAAGAGCUUGGUCUCUACAGUGUUUACAUUCUCUACCCAACUGGGAAGGUUUUGUGCUAUCGCCGUGGAAAGCGGAAAAAUUAUUGUGUUUCAAAAAUCCGCCGAUCGAUACCCGACAACAUGUGGAUGAUAGAGAUUAUUACGCUCGAGGAGGAAUACACCCCUGAGGAAGUGGAAGACGGGGAAAUAUCAAUCGUUUUUUGGUCAUUCGCUUUUUUCUUUCUGCUCGUUGUAACCGUGUGGUUUUACAUAACACAGAUCGCUCCGAUCCGAAAGUCCGCCGGUCGACAGGUCACCGAAGAAAUCGAUCGAGAAGAGGUGGUAGCGAAGAGAAUUCUAGAACAUUUGAGCGAAGAUUUGCAGUUUAAGAGCGAUAUUUCUAAAGAAUCUAGUACAAAAACUGUGGCUUCUGUCUCUAGAAAAAAAGAAGAAGCUUCAAGCGUUUACGAGUACGUAGACGACGAAAUUCACAUUCACUAUUCAAGCUACGGCUGGGUUGAUGACAAUGACGGGUCGUCUGAAAGCUCGAGUGGCUUGGCAGCCGGGAGACGGCACUCGAUGGAAAAUAUGGAUCUUAUUUUCCCCGGAUUUUUACCAAGUAUCGUCGAAGAGGAAGAAAUGGAUGGGGAAACUGAUACAGAAAGUAGCGAGAAGUCUCAGGAAACUGAUCUCGACAGCUUUCAACAAGACUUGCUCAAUUUGUCAACUGCAAACACUGAAGGUCAUGUUAAUAAAAAUGGCGGGUUCUCAGAAAUAUCAACAGACAUGGAAUGUGAUUAUUCUAAGACGGGAACGAAAAUUACUACAGCCUUUGACAGACAGAAGCCAGAGAUAAAAGAUGGUAUUCUGCCACUAAAACCAGCUGAGACCAACUCACUUUACUCAACUGAAACUGUUGACAUCACAGCUAAAGUUUACACGGUUCCCGAGCCGAUUAAAACAGAACUAAAUGGCACGUCUUUGCUAUCUCGCCAAAAUGACAAUGGUUCUCAAGUAUUGGACACAGAAAAUGGCAAAAGUAUCCCUUUAAUUGGCCCAGCACUUCAUAGCGCCAUGAAAGAAAGCUCGAAAACAUCCAAAUAUGAAGAAGUUGCAAAUUUCACUUCCGGUAAUUUCGACGCGUGCUCAGGCAAAGGUAAGAAAGAAACACAACAUGAAGAUAUUCCUAACCUGAACGGCGAGGUGAUCGAAAGCACCACAGUGUUUACAAUACCUAACUGUGAUCUUACGCCAACGCUCGAACAAGAUGCAAAUGAGAUCGAGGAACCCAAAUUAUGCGCACUUAGUGAGCACAGGGUUUCCUGUGCUACCGAGAAUGGCUUCGAGGACGAUUUCACGCGUGAUAUCCGCUCCAAACAUUCGAAGAAUGAAUUUAAUGCCCAUGACAACAUUGCAGAGGAUCUGUACACGAGACUUAGUAAGGCUCCUACGGAAGACAUCAGCGGAUUAACAAGUAUUACGAUGAACAUUAACAAAAGCGAUCUCGGUGAAUUUAAAAUGAACGGUUUCGUAGACGAAAUAGCGGAAUCAAAUAAUCAUACGACCCACUCGUGGACGUUUUUUUCAAUGUCUGGCAGCGAUGAAGCAAAUACGCUAGAGGAGGGAGUUUCCAGUCACAAACAACAAUCGGAUGAAGUCGAAGUUCCCAAAAUAAUUAUCGACUCUUACGACGAUGGUUUACAAAGUGAUAAGUUAAUUCCUAAUGAGGAAUCAAUCGACAUGAAUGGAAAUGAAACGGCUUCGCGGUAUGCGGACUCGUUCGUUAGCGACACGUUUGAAACCGACAUUGAUAUUGACGAUGUUGACUUGAUGGAUAGCGACGAACUCGGAGAAGAAGGUGAAUUUAACAUCUAUUUUAAGAGACAUGUUUCUGUGACAGACCUAGACAAGAUAAUCUUAGAAGAGGGACAAACCGAGGCAAAUGAAUUGUCCAGUGAAGUUGUAUUAGAGACGGAUCUCUCUGAGGAAGAGACACACAAUUCCGCGGAGGACGUUGUUGGUAUUUCAACAACUGAUACUGUCAUGUCAGAAGAUCAAGAGACAAAUAGCUCUCAUUGUGCAACUGAGACAACAUCCUCCGAAGAUGAAUCAAAUAUGAAUAUUCAAAAAUCAAUUAUCAUCACUUCAACUCUAAGCGGUUGUUUAGACAAACAGCAAAGUAUCGAGGACCUCGAAGAGGCUGAAUUAAGCGAUCCUCUACAUAAGAAUUACGCCGUGGAAACACUUAUGGAUGACAUUUCAUUUCAAAAGGAUGGUGUUUAUGGUGAAUUAGUGUUGUCUAAACUGAACGAGAGCCAUGGUGAUCAACCCGAAGACAUUCAUUUUGACUCUUUUGGCGAGGAUUGGUCAGUAUUUGAGGAAGAAUACAGACGAGUACGGAAACCUUUCCUAUUUACGAUCCCAGAAGACGAAGAGAUCGGAUUGGCAGAGGUGAGCCGGGGAAGAAAAAGCUAUCCGUGGGUCCAGCCCAAAACAACCAAUUACAGUUAUGAUAAUGAGUCGAGUACUUCCAAGGAAACGUCGAUGGAACUCAAGGCUCCCAUUGCUACGGUGGAUGCAAGUGAUUCAGAAUACGAUCUCGAUCUCGAGGAAGAUUACAGCGGAUCAGACACAGAGAAACCAAGCGAGGAAAUUAUCGCUGUCAGUGUUGCAAAUAAUGCAGAGACAAAACCAGGCGACCUUCUCACUCACGAUGACGUGACAGAGAAUGGCGUGACAGACAAAAGUGACGAGGAAAAAGAGUUUGAAGAGCCUGAUUUAUUGGCCGAAGUUUUCGCUAAUAAAGACGUUAUUGCAAAUGGUGAUUUGGAUGAUGUUUUGAAUUUUGUAAACGGCGAAGAAAUGAACUUUAAAGGACCUGUAACCGUCUCUGACAAAAUAAUUUAUCCAAAUGAUGGCGUGACAGAGAACCGUGACAUGGAAAGCGACUACAUUACUGAAAAUCGCACCACAGAAAGCCUUACGGAUACUGCCGGAGUUGAGGAGGCAACUUUAAAGAAGCUUGAAAAACCAGACAUUGUCACUGUUUCUGGUGUGACUGCAACUAAUGGAAAUGAUGUCGCGUUAGAUAAUACAAGAUCUGUGAAAAUUGUGAAGAAAAUCAAGAUAGUUGUCAGGAAAGAAGUGAAGGUCACAAAAGAUGAAAAAGCUAUGCUUUCAAGCCCUAAUAAGUUGAUUGGAGACCCUGAUAACCUAAUGAAUUGCAAGGAUAAAAAGGAAGAAAAAGUGGAUGCAGGUGAUGAAACUUUUAAGAAAGAUGUUAAUAAGGCAGAAGUAAUUCUGGAGGGUGGCGAAGCAGAGAAGCACUCUGUUUACAAUUUCGCAACGACCCAGAUUGGUCCAGUUAGCCAUUUUAUGCAGCCUUUGAACUUUGUGGAAGGACAGCACAACAUCUCUCGAGUUAACGCUGAAAAAAUGGAAACAACAGCUAAAAAAGAACUUAACACGCCGCCUAAACCUGAACUAAAGGUCAUCAAGGAACCAAUUUUGCCCUCGGAAGUCGUUACUCCAGAUCAAGACGUCAGGCAACGUGUCACACAACUUGUCACGCGUCCACUUUCGAUAAGUGAACAAACGAAGGUUGCACCUAAGGUUGAGCCCCAGUCUGUCGAAUCGGUGAUAGAUGCACGUAUUUCGACCGUGGAAGCCUCUCCCCCAAACCAAGACAUCUCAGAGCAAGUCACACAAUACCUGACCCAGACUGAAGAAAUCACAAGAAAAAGUACCCUUUUUGAGCAGUCUGUAAAGGCGCCCAUACAGAAAGAUGAAAAGAAAGCCGAAGUAAUUACUGUGCCUGAGCUAAUCAAGGAAAAUGCCUCUUCUGAGAAAGUUGCUGAUAUGAAGAGUAACACCAAGAAAUAUCCAGAGCUGUCACCCACACAGAAAGAUCAAACGCACAUCAAGCCUCAUCUCGAGCUAAGAAGCGUGACCAAGACUAUCGAGUCACGUACUUCAUCAGUGGAAACCCUCUUCAAGCGUGAUGUGGAGCAAACCUUGUCGCAAGUACCCAAACAGAAGGAUGAGGCGAAAGUGAACGGGCUACCAGAAACCAAGAGUGACGCAGUAAAUGCAUCACCAUCCGUGACACAAGACAUUCCAAAAAAUGACAUCAAGGAUAAUUUGGCGAAACGUUCUUCAGAUAAGAACGGAGAAAAAGCUGUCCCUAAACCCGAUUCAAGUAGCGAUCCCAAAAGUAUCAAAGCACGAGCGUUACCAAUUGAACGCGACGUUACAAGGAGUAAAGGCACGCAAGAGUCCACUAAAUUACCCGCAUCGAAUGAUGAAAGGAGUGCCGACGUUAACUCCGAAGCUAAAGCGACGACCGAGUCACUAGAGACAAGAGCGUCGUCUGUGAAAGUCGAUGUUGCAAAACGUGAUAUGACUUAUCGCAUCACCAGAGUACGUGAACCAAGUAAAGGGUCAAGCAUCGACGCUUCAACGACACUAGAUAGGGCGCCUGAGAGUGUUAAGGAGACCGCGGCCCUUGCGCCUGCCGGAGCGGAUGCUCCAAAACGGGAAGUCAAACAAUCUUUGGAAAGAAAGCCCUCAAAAGACGAACAAAAAGAAAUCUGUGGCGAAAAGGAGCCGAAAAUUAUGCCCAAGAAACUAAAGGGCAGUGAAUCUCCUUUGGAUAAAAAGCAGGAUUUCGACAAACCAACCUCCAUUAAUGGCGAUAAGAAAAAAGAAUCCUCGGCAAAUGAAAUUAAGACUGAUAUAAAGAAUGAAGUAGAAACAAAGCCAAGCAGAGCAAAUGUUGGAUUAAAAAUGUUUAUAUCGGGCAAGACCACUAAAGAAGUUCAAAACACUUCACCGGAUAAAGACACAAAGCCAGCUAUUUUAGAGGAAGAAACUCCUACAGUGCCCGUGGAAUCGCCUGUCGUUACAAUAAGUGUUCAAGGUAAGAACACCACAGCGGAGAGAGAAAGCCGAAGGGUCCGGUCUCCAAGGACAUCACCUACUAAAUCUUUGGAGAAGAAGUCUCAAAAGACGUACCUCUCAUCGCGUAACAUACGACUAAGUAAGAGCCAUGAGGAUCUUAGGUUUGUUGAAAAAGCACCCGAAAUACGGAAGGAUAGUAUCAAAGAGGAAGACCUCAAUGAAGAGGUACCUGAUGCUCAGACGCCUACCAGUAGUUUAGGCUCACCUGCAAACAGUGUCUUCGAGGAUGAUGCAAUCGAGUCGAUGGAGUCUCCAUCUGUUCACACUGCUAAAAUUACCGUGCAAGAGGUCUUAGGCGACAAACAGAGGAUUCUCAUUUUAAACGUCAAGAAGAAAGUGCAUGGAAAAGCAAGAUGGAAAUCUCUUAAUGACCUAGAUUCCCUCAACAAGGCUUUGACGCCCCUCAGGCAAAGUAACGACUUACGGAAUUCAAUGACAAGCCUUCAAGAGGAAGAGGAAAAGGUUGAGGAGGAGGAUGGUCCGAAAGUAGUACCUGUCGUGAAAGUCAAACGUCGCCACGGUCGACUUUCACUUCCAGAAAUGAGCGAAAGGAGAUCUGAGCAAAAAGUGAUUUCACCUCGCAGAUCACCCAUUCUUAAAGUGACAGCUGUGCAAGACAACGAAUCCGUCCCAGAAAAUAACACGCCGACCAAGAUUAAAGCUAGAGUUAUGCCAGUAUUGUGCGAGGCUGAUGCAGAGAAUGGAGAGACCACUGCAGAAGUUAUAGAAAAGGAACCCGUAAAGCAGAAUGUUAAAACGCGCGUGACCAAGAUAUCACCAAGCGAUCCUGAAACUAGUCUUGGAAAUGCGUUUAAAACGGAGGGAGAUGAUAAAGAGGAUAAAAUGCAAGUGAAAAUACUUCGCGUUUCAAGAGUACCACCAGUGGUUGAAGCUAUUCCGCGACUAGAGCGCGAAACAGUGACAGAAAUUUCGGAGCCAGCAACCAAGGGGAAUAGGAUUAAAGUUCACGUGGCGCGAGUUACCCCUGUAGAAGAUUCCCGACCAGAGUAUGAUGACACGAUUGUUCGGCCGCAUUUAUCAACGACAACAGAAGCAGAGCCUAUUGCAGAAGUCACUCGCCGUCAGGGUCGCGAGUCUGGAUAUGGAAGCUUAGAAAUAAGAGAUAAUGAUACUGGAGGGAUGAUUCUGUCCAGCGUUCUUGGCAGUGAUCGGACUAACGCUAUUCCUGCUCAGGAAGAACCCAAGGAACGCAGCUUGAGCAGUCUUAGUAGCUUGGAAGAUGAAUUUUAUGGAGAACCUCUGGGGGAAAGUCGCAUCAUGGUCACGGAUCUAGACGCUUUGUUGGCUCAGAAGGCUGUUCUACAGACAGAGGGAACAUCUCCGCCGCGAAGUCCAGACAAACAGGAGGUCGCCGAGAGGGUUCAAGUGAGAGCGCACAUGGGUCCGGUUCCAAAGAAGGUCAUUCGCAUCAACAGCUAUGAAGAAGAAGAUGGUGUCGUGAUACGCCAGGUCAUUGCCGACGACCCGGUUGUCUUGGAACCUGUUAUUCUCGCGGAGGCAGCUGAUAAGGAAGAAUCCGCUGUGAUAACGGCUUUCCCGGUGAAUGAUGGUUAUGGAGACGAUGAGUUGGAUGAGGUGUUUCUAGAGGAGUACCCCCCAGGAAUUGACGUUAAAAGCGUCGCUAAUUCAUCUCAUUCCUAUAGCAGCGAUGCAGACUCUGAAACAUCAUCUGUGAGUAGCUUACCGCUGAAACAACGACAUCGGCACACAAGAUCGUCGCUCGAAGCCGGAAACAUCGGAGUUCGAAAUCGCUCUGAUUCAAGUGGCUCAUCCAAAACAGCGACGCCAGUUGCCGAGCUGGAGAAUGACAAGAGACCAACUUCCUCAGGUUCGACCACACCCGAACUGAAAACGAAUGACAUUUCGCAGAAUGAAUCAUUCUCGUACAGAACACCCGAACACUCUCGUCCUGCAGUGAUCGACGAACCGAGCGAGUUUACGUCCGCUUUUGUUAAGAUUUCACGAACGACGGAGAUUCGUCGUCCUCGUGCAAGGUCGGAACAUUCUCGUCACAAGUCCGACGAAGAGCCUGGCCCGGAAAGUAAACAACAGGGGCUUGGCUUGCAAAGAAAAGGCCUGGGAGCAAGUUUCCAAGACGUGCAGUUACCAGGCCUCGAUAUAGACAAAGAGAGGUUUAAAGAAGCCGCUGAUAGCCGGAAAUCGAUGCCUGAUUUGUCAAGGAAAGGAAACAAGAUCAACGAGUCGCCUUUUUUGCGUGGAUUGAGCGCCCACACACGGAAGUGGCUCAGUCAAAACGUGUGGAUGGACGACAGCGGACACCAAGAUGAAGAAGAUAUGAUGACCUCAGAUUUGUUCCUAUACCCUUCAAAUCGCUUUCAGCCCGGAGCUAACAUUGACGCCAGUUUCUUGUCAUUAGCUGAUGAUAGAGAAAGAGACUUUCCUGAUGACAUAUCAGUGAAUUCAUCAACUUUAUCGACGCGCCCUGGGAGCCCUAUGUCAGAGUUCUCAUUCGCUGGGGAUACACCCCACAUGGGGUUACGUAGGGGCUCAAUGACUGUCAUCAAGUGUUCUAAUCCUCGAUGUGGGCGAGAGGAGGCUUUAUUUUCUGGCGAGAAAACCACUUACACUUCAUGUCCAGCUUGCUUUACUUACUAUUGCAAUAGAAUGUGCAGGCGCAUUCACUGGUCCGAGCACAAGAAAGUUUGUUUCUUCGGUCGAAUCAACAGCUACAUUCGCUCCUUCAUUUACAUAUGUCACAAGAAAGAAGCUUUGAAAUUCCAGCUCUCUAAAGCGGCUAGAGAAGGGUUCAAGAGGAAAGGGCGUGGCUGCGUCCUGGUGACUUUUGCAUCUGCGCAGUCUGCGCGAAAAUUUAUGACGACUGGUUGCACGUUCUUCCCAAGUCCUCCGACGUAUUCAUCAUUAAUGGACCUUCAAGCCGAAGGUGUUGUUAGCAAGCACCGAGUCGCUUUAACCCAACACAUCAAAGACUACGAUCCUGAGGAAGAAUUUGUCCUCAAUCUCGCCAUAAUUGCAGGCAAGAUGGACAACCUUCCAGAAAGUCCCGUCCCACGAAGAAAAGUUAAUACAGUUCUUCAAGUUGUCAAGGUUCCCUUGAGCAAUAAGCUCAAAGAGGAAACUGCACCCUCUCCUCCGAGCGAGCCAAAGACUGAAACGAAGUUCUUCUAUCUCCCGAAGUGCUCGCGGCAUGAAUUUGUAAACGAGAAUGAAGCUCGCCGGCACUAUUGCAGGAACAUUUCGAAGAACUUGAAACAGUACGGAAUCAGGUUGAAAAAUGAUUAUCCUGAUAUAUAUAAUAAACUUUGCCUCUACGUGGAUCAGAACAUUCGCUUUACUGAACCACUUACUGUGUACGGAAAUCAAGGAAAGAAGAUUGUUAUGUGCAAGAUCAUGCCUGAAGCUGGAGAUGAUGUGGCGAAGGACUGAAAAGGGUUAUCUCUUGAAACACAAAGAUUCGAAGGUAAAUGCCUUGUGAGGAAUUGGAUAAAGAAUCCUUGAAGAAGCUUCCCUCUUCAGAUUGAAGCACACUGAAAUCCACAUAGCUGGUUCUAACGAUUGUAUCUGAAGUACGGCUAGUAUUCAAUGAUACAGAUGACAUCGCUUACUAAAGCCAAUAUGUGAACAUUACAACACCGCUGGGAAUAGUGUCCGCAACAGUACGUCCUAAACUAAGUCAACAUUUAAAUUGUCUUAACAUCCGCUGCAGGAUUGAUCAGUGUACACAGUAUAUUCAAUUAUUUUAAUUUUUUUUUAAUUACAUACUUCAUUGUAUCAGUUUUAAUAACUAAAUUUUUUCACUAGCUAUUUUCCCCCAAACGUUUGAGAAGAGAAAUAUUUGGAGUGUAUCACUUUCUUAGUAUUUUACGGUAGUAAAUUUUUCUCCCAUUAAGACAAACUUUUCAACUAGUUUUAAAUAAUGUAUUUUCAUGAAACUUUUCGUGUGAUUAUAUGUCGCUUAUUGGCAUUUUUAUGAUAUUUGGAGCAGUGUGUUAUUGCAAUUAUCGUUCGAGUUUUUGUGAUUGUUUUAUGUAGCUAUGACGGUCGCAGUCUAAAUUUUACUAUAGUUAUUAAGUUAGGGUUGGCCGAGCAUUUUGAAAGAUUUCGUUUGAUUGUGUCUGGUACAUUUUUGUAAUUUUUAUUUCUUUAUUACCUUGUUCAGACCUCCAGGGGAUUUCAGCAUGAUCAAUUUAAGUACAAAAUAAACUUAGAAAUUAACUUAUAACUUACUUGUAUAAAUCUUACAGAGAAAAUAAGACUUUUUUCUAAAUUUCAGCAUUGUAAUAAAUCAGAUGAUCAGAUUUAACGUCAUAUCAAUCGAACGUUCUACUUAAUGUUUCUCAUGUUGACUAGGGUAUCUUGCUGGAGGAGCAGAAUACUAACGUAUCUCUAAAUAAUUCUAUCAUUCGUAACUGAUGGUGUACAAUUUGGCUGGGCAGAUAUGAAAAUUUUUAAUGAAUCAAUAUAUUGUAUGGUUAUUUACGUGUGUAACUGAGUGAGUUAAGUUCAUGAAAACCUCACGUUAACUUAAGGAAGAAUCUCAGCUCUUUUGUUAGAGUCAGUCCUGUUCUGGCACAUAUUUUCUGUCACGCAACUCUUGAAGGAGAUCUCUCUCUCCAACGAGUGUUGUGUGGUAGAGGGUUCAGAAAUAGACCAUCUUCCAGAGCUUUUAUAGUUCGACUUUAAGAUAAUCUGAAUAGUUACUCAAUAUGUCAAACUAGAAACUUACAUCUCAUCAGAGUACAAUUGUAAAUUGUGCCACCAUUUUUCCGCCCGUCAAAUUGUACACAGUGCAUGAAAGGAAGCCAACACUGUUGUAGUAUGAUAUACGCAUAUAGUUAAGCUUAAAUAUUAUAUUUCUGUUAAAUAAGAGAGAACUUUAGAAAAUUUCCUUUAUAGGGUCUGAGGUCCUGCAGGACAGGCAGAUAUUAUUGUACGAUAUCCUUGUGUUUUGCUUGGUGAAUUAAAUAGAAUUUGGUAGAUAUGUA